GCUCAGAGUUGCUGGCAGUUGUCGCCGUAUUCCUGCAACCGCAGGACCUGACGACUAUACGUCCUACCUGCAGUCUCCCGCAGCCCGCUGGCGUUGUCUAAUGACAAUAUGCGUGAUGAGUGACUUCCCGCGACCUUUGUGCAGCCCAUCCAUGACCUCCUGCUGCUGUCUCUCGGAGUCCGACCUCGACUGCAUCGCCAACAUUAACCAUCCUUGAGACACAAGAUGUUUGCAUUCGCCUCUUACAUACUCAUUUUCACCCGUGAUGCUUCCACUAACAUAUUUGCUUUUGGGCCAUUAGCGUGAUGACUCCAGGGCCAGUCUGCUCACUUUUUGUUUGUAUCAGUGUCUAUUCCGGCCCUAUAAUUACGGUACACAGUGCCUAGCUCAGUAUAUGCGCUAUGAAAGAUACAUGCAGACACCAGUGAUUCACACGCACCCUUCACAAUCCUGCUUUAUGUCGUCGGUUGAUCUACAUACACGUUCUGGAUUUCAGCGCAUGCUUCCCGAGUCCUUUGCCGUUGUUUGCACCCCAAAGUUCACUCCCAACUUUGGAAUUUUCCGCCUCACCGACCCCCCAGGCUUGCAAACAAUUUUGGACUGCAAUGUCAAGGAAGCCUUCCACCCGCACCCAGAAGUCCUGAUCUACACGGACGCAGACAAGGGGCACGUGCAAAUGAAAGACAUCCCGCUGGAGAUCGUGGACUUGCGAUGAUGCAGGGCUCGACGUUUUUCUGACUUUUAUCUGUAAUUUACAAACGCAGCAUUUCUGGCAC